AACUUCAUAAGACUUAGAAAAGUAUAAAUUCAUCAUAAGUCUUAAGUGGAAUGGAAUUAAUGCAUAGCUAGAGUCAAUAUUAAUUACGAAUGAAUGAGAGAGUGUUAAUGACUUUUUUGCUACUUGGAAUAAUUAAAUGACUGGUGAUAAUAAUGCCAUUAAGUUUACUUUCACUUGACUUGGAUAUUUAUCUAUAUGUGUAAUAAUUAUGGUCAUGAGAGGACUUACUUUUUUUUCUCAAUAUUUUCUAAAAUAUUAUUGAUUUUUUUAUAAAUGAAUAAGUUAAGUAUAAAUACAAUACUCUUCAUCUCAACUUAACCACCCAUUUUUUAGAAACUAAGUGUUAUUAUUCAUAUAAUCUCAUAUACCUAACUAUUUAGCUUCUUUGUUCUUCAUAUUAAAGAAGAUCAAAAACAUGAUUUCGGAGACAAUUCCUGAUGAAGUAUUAGGAACUAUUCUACCAAUUAUAGUGUAUUGGGUAUACUCCGGAAUGUAUUGUCUAUUGGAUUUGUUGGUAGGUAAUAAGUAUAGGCUACACUCAAAGGAAGAGGAGGAUGAAAAGAAUGUGGUACCCAAAGGAGUUGUGAUAAAAGGAGUCCUUAUUCAACAAUUUCUUCAAGCUAUGGUUGCAAUCACAUGUUAUUAUAUGGUUAAUAUAAAUGAUGGAGCAUAUAUUGUAGAGAAAAAGACUACUUCUCUUAUUAAUUUAAUAAGGCAAUUCAUUAGUGCUAUGGUUGUUUUGGAUACUGUCCAAUACUUCAUGCAUAGAUGUAUGCAUCAAAAUAAAUUUUUGUACAAGCACAUUCACUCUCAACAUCAUCAGCUCAUUGUGCCCUACGCUUUCGGAGCUCUAUACAAUCACCCUUUAGAAGGACUUUUCGUUGACACAUUUAGUGGUGCAUUAGCAUUUUUAGUAUCUGGGAUGUCUGCUCGAGCUUCCAUUUUCUUCUACACAUUUGCUACUAUCAAGGGUGUGGAUGAUCAUUGUGGGAUAUGUUUGCCCGGGAAUAUUUUUCACGUCAUUUUUAAAAAUAAUACUGCUUAUCACGACAUACACCAUCAAUUUUACGGAAACAAGUAUAACUUCUCUCAACCUUUCUUUGUUAUGUGGGAUAAAUUGCUCGGAACUUAUAUGCCCUACUCUGUGGAGAAGAGAAUAGAAGGAGGAUUGGAAGUACGACCCGAUGGUAAUUACAAGUCUAUAUGAGUCUAAACACCAUUACUUUGUCUCUCUUUACACAUUCAUGGUGAUAUAAAAUAGUUUUCUCAUUUUAAAAUGUAGUGAAUUAGUAAUAUAACUUUUCUAUUGCUACAUGUGAAGAAGAUUGUUUCUCCUUCAAAUAAUAUUUUAGUAAUAGGGAAUCUAUCAUUUUAGUACCAUAAUGUUUGCAUUAAUAUAAACUUAAUACCCUAUUGUUCAAUAAAUACUAUUUUAGUUUUA